AUGAGUAAAUACAUCAACAAGCUAAAGUUUUUAGAUAUUUUCGGAUAGAGAGUCAUCCUCAAUUUCCAUGAAGAUAACCAAAUUCAAACAACAUUUGGAGGGAUAAUUGCCUGUUGCGUUGCUGUAGUAGUCUUUGUCUUCUUUUAUACUUCGACUAGCGAUUUUUUAGGCAAAAUAAAUUUUACAGUUCAAUCAAAUAAGUUAUUUUCAGACAAUCCUUCGUUAUUGAAUUUGACUUACGAUAAGUUCAUGGUGGCUGUCAAUAUGAUAUAAAAUGAUUUUAUAAAUAAUCCCUAUGUAAAUAUAACACUUCAAUAAAGAAUAUACACCACUUUUCCAAAUGGCACCUAAUAGAAGUAGUAUAUUGAUAUUUAACUAGAAUAGUGUACUUUCAAGCAUUGGAAUUCUCUAAACUAAUAAGGAGAUACAAUUCUUACUUAAGAUUAAUAUAAUUCCUACAAUAUUUCAAAUUAUCUUUGUCCAAAAUAUGGGACUAACUUUACUGUUUAAGGCCAAAUUGCAAACUAAGUUUACCAAUUUUUUAAAUUUACAGUUACUAGCUGCUAAAACUAAACAGAUCCAAAUACCUCUCCUAACCUAUGGAAACCAGUAUGUCCCUCAUUAAGUGCUUAAUAAAAAUACUAUAACUAAAACACUGUGAGAAUAUAAUUUUUGGUUUCAAAUUACAUUAUUAAUCCAACUUAAGUUGGUAAAUUCUCUACAAGAUAUGUGGCUAAUGAUGUAUUUUUCUAAAUUUAACCAGGAUAUAUGUAUACAACUGCAGAUAUCUAUCUGACAGAAAAUACGAUUUCAGAAGAUAUAUCACUCUAUCCUUGGAAGAAUAUCCAAAACCAAACUCUUGCAGUUCAAUAGUAUGGUGAUUAUAGGUAGCAGUACACUUUUGGAAAUAACAGUGUUUAUGGAGCAUUUUUUUUUGACAGAAGUCGCUUUUAAUAGCAGUAUAAGAUAUCAUAUUAAAAGGUUGAUAAUUUAAUAGCCGUAAUUGGUGGCUUUGUUUAAUCUGUUAUGGUAAUAGCCGGGAUUUUAGUUGGAAUAUAUAAUCAGUCCUAUUACACAAUCGAAUUGGCAAAUGAAAUAUAUGAUUUUGAUAUAUAAACAAAUCAAGUAAGCAAAGAUGGUAAAUUAAUAUUAGGUUCUCCUUAAAUAAAUCGAGAAUGCUAAACAAGAGAUAACAAAGCUUCCACUAUAAAUUGCAAUAUUUCUCCUGGUGUUACUUAAGAAAGGAAAGAUAAGAUAUUUUAGAUUGCACAUAAAUUUACAUAAAAGCUCACCAGCAAUAAAAAUAUUAACUAGAGUCCACCAAUUAACACUAUUACAAAUGAAAGUCCAUGCUUUGAUUUUACUUUAACUCCGUAAAAUUAAAUUAACAUAGAGUUUGAAAAGUAGCCAGAAAAAACUUAAAAAAAGGUAUAAAUUUAAAUAAAUCAUUUAUCUUCUCCUAUCGUCAAUGAGAAAGAUAGUUAAAUUAGUACAGAAAGAUUGAAUUUUCUCUCAACCAAUUAAUAAAGCAGUUUAACGAAUUUAAAACAAAAUACUUUUAGGUAAUUAAAAUUAUUGACAGUAAAGUCUAACACUAAUACUAAUGAAGCUGAAAACUUAGACUUUGACAAAAAAAAUAAUAUAAAAACGGAUGUUUAUUUAAAUUUUAACUAGAUUAAGGCCAUUAAUAAUAGCACCAAUAACAAUAAUAACAAAAAUAACAAUAAAAAUAAAAACUUGCAUUUUGAGGAUUAUUAGGAUAAUCAACAUCUUCAUAUUUAAUUAUAAAAAUCUCCUCAAAGUAUUUAAGAAAGAUCACACAAGCUAAAUUUAACUGAAUUUUAAGUUCCUUUAAAAAAGAGACAAAGCUCAGCAAAAAAAAAAUUCUAAAGUGUGAACUAUGUAAAGACAUAAACAAAUGAUAUUUUAAAGUAUUCGACUUCAAAUCCUUUUUCCAUCUCUUAGUUAGAUAAGAAAAUGUAAUCAACAUAAAUUAAUUUGCUUUUAGAAUCUUAAUUAAAUGAUUAGUAGAAUUAACAUUAAGAAUAAAAUACAUUGAAAAACGUUCCUACCCUUAGUUCUCCAUAAUAUAAAUCGAAUCCUAGACUUCUCGUUUCAUCUGAAAGACCACAAAAUGAAAAAGAAAGCCUAAUAUUUUUUGAUUCCUCUAUAGAACCUGAAUCUGACUUAGAUAAUAGCUUAGAAAAAAAAGAAGAAUAUCUUUAAGUAAAUAGAAAAUCAAAAAAUACAGUUUUCCGUACAAUACAGCCAUAGUUACAUCUUGAUCUAAACAAUAAUGAGUAAAAAAAAUAAAAAAGAAUUAAAUCUUUUAGUGAUUUUGGGGUUAUUUAAGAAAUUAAUUGUAAAGAACCUAAUUCCUUUUUGAGUUUAAGAUAGUUUCAAUCAUUAAGUCCUUCAAAAUAAUAAGCGAGUUAAAAAAGUAAUCCAAAAUUUGUAGAUGCUUAUAAAGAAGAAAUGAGAAAAGACUUCAUGACACGAUAAUUGCAAAAGGUGUUAUCGAAAAGGCAAAAGCUUAGCCUAUCAUUUAAAUAUUUUAUUUAUAAGAUUUCUUGUGGAAAAUUUUACUGCACAAGAGAAAACUUGUUAAUUGAUAAAGCUCAUACCUUAUUGUAAAAAGAUGUUGAUAUAAUUGUGAUAUUGAAUAAAAUAAAAGAACUUGAAAAAUUAAAAUGUCUCUUGCUUGAUUAAAAUUAAUUAGCUUUGUUUAAUUAUUUCCCCAAGCCUCUACUUUAAAUUGACAAAAACAAAAAUAUUAUUAAAAAAGAAGAAAUGAUAAAAGAAGUAAAAUAGUUAGAGAGGAGUAUGAAAACUCUUGAUGUUAAACCUUAGCAUUUACCUGUGUUAAAGAAAGCUAAAGAUAAAUUCAAAAGCUUGUUAAGCAAAAAUAAAAAACAAUAAGAACUUUUUAAUAAUAGCGACCUUUUACAUAAUCUAGAUCAAAAUCAAUACAGAAAUUACCAAAGAUUAUACAAAGCAUAUGAGCAGAUUGUUAAUAAAUAAGAAGGAACAAGAAUGGACAAUAUACUAAUACAAAACUUGGGAGAAGAAACUAUGAAAAUUUUCUAAGACUCUAUGAAAAUGCAAUUUGGAAUGGAGAAACUUUUAACCUUAAUAAAUAAAAAUAAAGAAAAAUCUUUAAAAAUUGAUAAAUCAAAUAAUUAGAGUAAAUUUAAUCAUUGA